UUCUCUCAUACUGACAGUCACGCUGGUCGUGGCCGCAUGUAUUUAUUGUAUUUUCAUUAUUGUGCCGGUUACAAUUUAAAAAACAUGGCGACCUCAAGGCACGACGUCGACAAAGAAAAUACACAUAAAACCAGAAUACCGUUGCCAAAGGAUCCGUUACCAGCCAUACCGAGUCAUUUAUUAGAAGAUAGUAAUAUUAAAAAGAAUCUGGAACUUCCAAAACGAUGUCCUUUGAGGACUUUACUUGCUCAAAAUAUUCCCAAGCCUGGUCCUAGUAAAGUGGUGCCACUAAAACCUCGUGUACCUCUGCAGGUUGAUACUAAAUAUGUUACAUUAAGGCAGAGAAGUGAAGAUUUAGAUUGGCAUUAUACAGUGUUUAAGGAUCGAAGUGAAGAUAAAGACGCAAGUGUUAUAUCUAUAAGCGAUGAUGAAAUACAUUUGGAUGAUAAGAAUAGCCGAAAAUAUUUCGCACAGAAUAAAAAGAAAAAUACUUUGGGAGUGAACGCUGUAACGCCAAAUCUGCAGGAAUGCUUGGAAUCAAAUCGUAUUAAGAAUAUAAAAAGGAGUUUGAAAAGACCUCAUAGUCGAGAGUUGCAGGGUUUGUCACCACCAGCUCCUGUCAAACAAGGAAAGGAUGAUGAAAAAGUGAAAAAGCGUUUACAGUUCAAUGAAACUUUACAAGAAAGACUCGGUACUCCGGAUUUCUGGAAGAGGUCGUACAUGCGAUGCCUGAACAGAGAUUACUCCGCGGACAUGUUCGAGUAUCUUCUGGCUGUGGAGCGGAAGCCUCUUGAUGUGCCUCGCACUGCCAGUGUCCCAAGGGCCUGUGUUAUCAACUGGCUUAUGAAAAUUAAUGGUACAUUUGGCAACCCAGCCGUUGUCCAAACAGCGUGCUGGUAUUUGGACUCGAUCCUGGGAACUGGUCACGUCCAGGUGGAAAAGCUGCAACUGGUUGCCGCCGCCUGUUACUGGAUAGCUCAGAAACUGAACGGGCCUGUGAUGCCGGCGAUGAGGCUCGUCAGGUACUCCAGUUCAGCCUUCACUUGUGAGAAGCUGUUAGCUGCUGAGAAAGCUGUGCUGAUUAGAUUGAAAUUCCCACCGCAGCCAGUGGUGGCCCAAGAAUUCAUAAAUUACCUAGCAUGGUGGUGUGCUGGUGACGGCGCUGGUGAGGUAGAAGUGGCAGCCACCUUCUUGGCCAUGUGUGGUAUGAUGGUGGACCGAUUCCUGUGUGAUGAGUACCCGUCAGUCAUAGCAGUGGCUGCUGUCAGAAAUGCUGUGCUACUGCUGAGGAGGAAGGAGCUGUUAGCACGACUACACGAGAGCAAUAUAUACAAAAUUGCAGAGAAAAAGACAACAAGUUUAACGUACACUUGUGCUCUUUUACGUCGAGCGGUUCGUACCGUGGGUGCUACAAUGUACGAGUAUAAAACACCUCUGGAACAUUAUGGCAUGCCCCCAGACCACAUAGCACAGAAGAUCAUCAGAGCAUCCAACGACUUAGCUGUUAUGGAACUAAGAGUUUCUGGAUCGAAGUUGAAAUAAAAAUUGAUGAAGAUAUAGGAUUCCAUAAAUGUGAACUAAACAAUAAUCUACAAAUAACACCAGAACUAGAACUUAUAGACUAAGAAGAUAAGACUGAACAAACUGAAGUUACGACAUUGAAUAAUGUUUUAACAGAACAUUUAUUAGAUGACAUUAGGAAUUGCUUCAAACGAGUCAUUGCUCUUUGACAGACAAAUGGUAUCAUUAACGAAACAGAUCACGACUUUAGAGUAGACUUUUUAAACGGACUGAUUUAAAUGACCAUUAAUUUAGAAGUAGAGGUAAGUAAGGAAUAUAUUAUACAUGACUUUGACUGUAUUUUAGAAGUGACUCGACUAGAAAAUAGGUAAACAUGAGACUGACUUCCAUGAUAUUGAUUGAAUUAUGUUAUACAUGUAACGAAACGAAAUGAAAAACUUUUUAGAGGUUCAUUUUGCGGUUAAUUUAUGUAAUUUGUUUUUAAAACAUGUAAGUAAUAUUUUGAUUAAAAAGAGUCACUGAUCACAACACAAUAAUUCAAUUUUAUCAAUAACGAAUUUUGUGUCGACCACACAAAAUUCAUUAUUCUUCUUUACAAUUUUUGUUCUUUUGUCAAUGUUUACGUCAGGUUUGUCCUUGUUUAUGGGUAGUUUAAAAUUUCCAGUUAUUACUUUUGUCUGGAUAUCAAGCUAGGUAUUUGAUUCAUUUUCAUCCGUAUCUCCUUCAUGUACGUACUAUAUGGGAUGUAUGUGUAUAAUUGCUUAUUUAAAAUUGUUUUCAUCAUUCACAAAUCCAGUAUCAUUAUUUCCAGUUAUUUUAUUUACUUUUAUUCCAAAAUUAUCAUUUGUUACUUGCUCUCAAGGUGCAAAUUUGACAUCAAUUUCAUGACUAUGAAUCCUGACGAAAAUAGAUUAAUUACAGUAUUUAAACUGGCGUAAAACAUAUUAAAUACAUUUGUAAACACUUUGGACAUUGUGAGUAAUAUCAGUGAUUUGUUAACUGCCACCUAUGCUCGGUAAACGACCUUUUAUAAUAAAACUAAUU